GUUGAAUCCGAGGUUGCCCGCCACCAUGUCCAACGAAUCGGUGCCGCUCAACACUGGGGCCGACGCGUCCAUGGACCACAGCACCCUCGAUAUGAAGGUUGAUAUGGAGAUGACUCCAUGCGUGCGUAAGGAAAUCAUGCGCAUGUUUGACUUGGCGUGGCCCGUGUUCCUCGCAUAUCAACUGGAAACCCUGCCCGGUCCGAUCUGUGUUGCGCUUGUCGGUCAUUUGCAAGGUGAUGACGUGAGCGUUCUCGUCGACGCCGCGUACUUGUCGGCGACCGUCACGAACGUGACGGCUCUCGCUAUUGGGUUUGGCCUUGCGUCUGCCAUGGACACGUUGUGUUCGCAAGCGUUCGGAGCAGGCAAAAUGGACAAGCUCGGGAUUUACUUUCUAAGCGGAGUUAUUGUGCUUGGCGUGUGCCUCAUCCCGCUCUCCCUCAUGAGUUGGUACGCUGAACCGAUCUUACUCCUCCUCGGCCAAGACCCCGCCAUCUCCAUGUACGCCGGGCAGUUCUCCCGCGUCACGAUCGUUGGCAUUCCGUUCCUUUUUGUCUACGAACUCAUCAAGAAGUUGCAGCAGUCACAGAACAUUGUGCUCCCUAUGAUGUACGUCGCGUGCGUCGGGGUCAUUGUGAACCUCAUCACGGGUUUCUACUUUACCUACUACACGUCGUGGGGAUUUCUCGGCGCCGCGAUAGGCCGCGUCUGCGGCUCCAUCGCGCUGCCCGUGUGCAUCGUCGGGUACUUCCGUUACGACCAUGAAACAACGUCGACGUGGUGGAACGGAUUUCAGUGGCGUGAAGCGUUUUCUCACGUGUGGCUGUUCCUGUCCUUGGGUGUGCCGAGCAUGACAAUGUUGGCCGUGAGCUGGUGGGCGUUCUGCACACUCGGGAUUUUAGCAGGUCUGUUGCCGAACAAGGUGGAGGCCGUCAGUGUCAACGCGGUCCUGGGCCAGCUCCUCACGCUCAACUUCAUGAUCUACCUCGGGAUAUCUGUGGCUUCGAACGUCCUCAUCGGGAACGCGCUGGGAGCAAACCAGCCCCAACGCGCCAAGCUCAUCACGCGUCUGGGCCUCUAUGGCGGCUUCCUGUCAGCCGCUCUGAUGGGAACCAUCUUUUUGCUGGGCCGCCACGUCAUUCCCGUCUUUUUUGUUAGCGACCCCCUCACGAUCGAGCAAGUCGCUGCUGCCAUGUUUGUGAUGGUUCCGCUUGGUGUGUUUGAUGGCUUGAAUGGGAUUUGCGAAGGCAUCUUCAAGGGCAUGGGGCUUCAAACCAUCGCUGCCGUGGUCAACAUCCUGUCCUACUAUGCUUUCGGCCUCCCCAUGGCGUAUUUUGUGGGGUUUACGUGCGGGUACAACUUGGAAGGCGUGUGGCUCGGCUUCUCCCUCGGCACAACGCUGUGCUUCUCCGUCUUCAUGGCGAUGAUCCACUUCACGGACUGGCCGGCCUUAGCCAAGCUCGCUCAAGAACGCGUACGCAUCUAACUUGUCCCAAUGACUCUCGCAAUUCGAGCACCACCGCUUCUGAUUGAAUGAAGUCGAACGGUCGUGUUGCGUCCCUAUCGAAAAUUCGUGUGCGCGAGUUGUUUCCUAGAAGGCCCUGCUGGCUCAAACGGCAGCGUGAACAAGUGGCUGAAAGAGGACGUGGCGGAGGCCUGCAACGUCGUUGGCUUGGUCGGUCGUUUUCGCCCGUGUUGGCUCAAGCCGCGGCUCGAUUUCUCUGUUGCUGGUUCGUCUUCUGGCGGUCGGUGUGGCGGGGAAGGAUUGGAUUCGUUUUCUUGUGGAUGUUCAUCGCAGACUUCGUCGUCGGCGAGCUCAAUCGUGAUGCCAGACAAUGUGGCCAACAGCUGCAAACACACAUCCAAGCCAUGAUUGACCGAACGGACGACGGACCUGGUUGAUGGCAUCUCGCGGGGCCUUUUCGGCGUCUGGGAUUUCGAGCUUGGCUUGGGCCGCGAUGGACUGGAUGUCCCUCUUGCUCACAGUGCGGGUGGAAGCCCGUGACCAGACGCUGCUGCUCCGGCUCACUUCGCUCCGUACCGACUUGGCGUCAUCGUCGACGCCACUUGCCAUGACGCCGAUCGCGUCUUCGUCUCUGAAACAAUUCAAGUGACUGCCGCCCAUCGAUCGUCCUUACCGAAAAGACAGCAGCGCGCAAUCGAUGGCAGCCAGGCGCUGCGUCGCAUUGAGGUGUGCCAUGGAUGGCAUGCCAGCCAGCAACGGCACCACCGAUGCCACUGACCCAAACGUCAUGACGCCAUCGACUGGCGUCGUCGCCCGCUUCGCUUGCAAUUCCUAGUCCCGUUCGCAUCAUCGUUGCAGAAGAGUCUCCGCUCACCCGGAGCGAUUCCUCGAUCCUGUCCACGUGAUCGUUGUGCACAACAUCGAACGGAUUCGACGCUGCCUCGGCCAGUUCAUCCGUGAUCGCUUCUCCAUGUCCUAGAAGCGCUUCGACCCGCGUCGCCUCUGACUUGGUCAAGCUUGUCCCGGCUUCCUUCAUUUCUUUGUUUCGAGAGAUGAAGUCUGGCGCGUCGCCGAGGGUUUUGGCGGCUUCGACCUUGUCCUUGAUGCGCUGUGCACUCGUUGUUUUCUUCGGCGGCACGGCUGGCGCCGCCAUGAACUGCUUCGUUCGUGUGGGUUUGUUAAGCUUCUAAUGGAGUGGGAAGUGUGAAGCUUGGGAUGUACGACUGCAAAAGGGGUCC